UGCUUGUUCGUUGUAUCUUCGCUACAUCCUACAUGAACGUAGGCGGCUGGCGAUUUUACACACAAUGCUCAGCGCGUGAACACCCAUCGGGGAACUGGGGGUUACUCCCACACCUUUAAUAGGUCAACUGAGGGACUAGUUAAAUCGAACACCAUGUCGGUCGCGAAAACGGUCGUGCCUGGGCACGAGCAGUAUGUGUCGCACGCAUCACUCUUUGAGACGGCGAAGCGCUAUCUUAUGAAGCCAAAGUCCCAGGAGCUGCUUAUUCGUUCGACAACGUUGAUCCUCAUUUAUCUGCUGGCGUUCUGCAUCCGCUUGUUCUCUGUCUUGCGGUAUGAGAGCGUCAUCCACGAGUUUGAUCCAUACUUCAACUACCGUAGCACGAUUAAACUUGUGCAAGAGGGGAUCUACGAGUUUUGGAACUGGUUCGAUGCCGAAUCAUGGCAUCCGCUGGGUCGCGUGGUCGGAGGCACGGUGUACCCUGGCCUCAUGUUUACCGCGGGACUGCUCUACAAGAUCUCCAGCUUCCUCACAGCUUGGAUUAAGCUGAGGGACAUUUGCGUCUUCACGGCGCCCUUCUUCGCUGGAAACACGGCCAUGAUCGCCUACCUGUUUGGCAAGGAGCUCAAGGACCGCGAGACGGGGCUGGUGGCGGCGGCACUGAUGGCCAUUGUGCCGGGUUACAUCUCCCGCUCCGUGGCCGGCUCCUUCGACAACGAGGCGGUCGCCAUCUUCGCGCUGCUGGCCACCUUCUACCUCUGGGUGCGUGCCGUACAGCGGGGCACGGUGGCGGCGGCGGUGCUGGCGGCGCUGGCAUACCUGUACAUGGCCGCCUCCUGGGGCGCCUACGUGUUCAUCUCCAACCUCAUCCCGCUGUAUGUGAUUGUCAUGUUUGUGAGCGGCAGGUACUCCCGCCGCCUCUACCUGGCCUACACCACCUUCUGGGUGGUGGGCAGCCUGCUGGCCAUGCAGGUUCGCUUCAUCGGCUUCAACCACGUGCUGUCCACCGAGCUGCUCUCCUUCAACGGAGUGUUUGUGGGACUGCAGGUGUGGGAGCUGCUUGUGUUCCUGCGCGCCAAGCUGGGAGCCCGGCAGUUCGGUCAGCUGGUGUACGCUGCGGCGCUGGGGGCGGGCGGGGUGGGGGCGGUGGGGCUGGCGGGGCUGCUGCUCAGCGGCAAACUGAACCCCUGGACCGGCCGCUUCUGGACGCUGCUGGACCCCACCUACGCCAAGAAGUUCAUCCCCAUCGUGGCCUCCGUGUCCGAGCACCAGCCCACCACCUGGGCCUCCUACAUCUUCGACCUGCAUGGGAUGGUGUUCGCGGCGCCGGCGGGGCUGUACUUCUGCUUCAAGAGGCGCACGGAGGGCAGCAUCUUCCUGCUCACCUUUGCGCUGACGGCGAUCUACUUCUCGGGCAUCAUGGUGCGCCUGAUGCUGGUCGCCGCCCCCGCCUUCGUACUGCUGUCGGCCAUAUCACUGUCAUCCAUCAUGCAGUCCGCCACUCGCGAGCUACGCAACCCGGUGACACCCCCCGCUGCCUCCUCCGCCUCCGCUGCUGCCGCCGGGGCGAAGGAGGGCUCCGACGCCAAGAAGCGCGGAGCGGCCAAGCGCUCCGGCUCCUCCUCCGCCUCCGACCCCUCCGCCCUGCCCCACCAGCCGCUCCCCAACGCGCUGCUGCUGGUCCUGGUGGCGCUGGGGCUGGUGUCGUACACGUCGCACUGCAACUGGGUGACCAGCGAGGCCUACUCCAGCCCCUCCAUCGUGCUGAUCAGCGGCUGGGGGCCACACCGGCAUGUGCUGGACGACUUCAGGGAGGCAUACUACUGGCUGCGUCACAACACGCCCCCCGGCUCCCGCGUCAUGAGCUGGUGGGACUACGGCUACCAGAUCACCGCGAUGGCCAACCGCACCGUCAUCGUGGACAACAACACCUGGAACAACACGCACAUCGCGACAGUGGGUCGUGCCAUGGCCAGCAACGAGAGCGAGGCGUACCGCAUCAUGCGCCAACUGGAUGUGGACUACGCGCUGGUCAUCUUUGGCGGCAUGAGCGGCUACAGCUCCGAUGACAUCAACAAGUUCCUGUGGAUGGUGCGCAUCGGGGGCGGCGUGUUCCCGCAGGUCAAGGAGGCGGACUACCUGAGCAAUGGCGACUACACGGUGGGCGCCUCCGGCACCCCCACCAUGCUGAACAGUCUGAUGUACAAACUGUCGUACUACGACUUUGGGAACAUCAUGACGGAGCACGGCAAGGGUACGGGGUACGACAGGGUCCGGGGAUACGAGAUCGGCAACAAAGAUGUCAAGUUGGAUCAUUUGUACGAAUGCUUCACGAGUGAGCAUUGGAUUGUACGGAUUUACAAGGUGAAGGAUCUGGAGAACCGGGCUUGAGGGGGAGGGGUUGUUGUUGGGAGGGAGCUAGUUGGGUCGAGCAGUGCUGUUGGGGCGGCUACGUUGCUGCGCGCGCAUGUGUGGUGAUGGCGGUGUGGUGGUUUAUCGGGUAGUUGCGUGUGGAGGGCGGCGUGCGGCUGUUAAGGAGGGAAGGAGGGGCAUCCACGGGGCUGGGGAAGCUUGCUUGCAUGCAUGGCUGUUGGUCAUUCAGCACUGUCGUUACUAGUUUGGUUGUUCUCUUUGCGUGUCGGGUUUAUGGUAGAUGGUAGGCCAGCAGGAGUUGGGUGAAAUCAUGGAGUUUCCGUCGUCAAAUUGGUGAUGGUUGAUGACAUGAGGUGACGGGUGAAGGCUUUCCACCACGCGCGCGAUUACCGGUUCUUACCCCUGUAAGACACGCCAACACCCCAUUGGUACAAGCGCACGACACCCAGAUGGUGUCAACCUAUCAACGCAAUCGA